AAAAACAAAAGGGAAGAGAAAAGAAGGCGGCUAUAAAUAAAGGGAGAAACUGGGAAUGGCGAAAAUCAAUUCUUCCCACCGAACAAAUUCACAAUUCAAGACACAGCAAUCGAAUUUCAAUCCACCAAACUUCUGUUUCUCAAUUGAGAAUUCUGUUCGUUUCUGCAGCAGGAGGAGGAAUUUGGAUCCAAUUCCGACCCCCAAAUUUAGAAUCCGAUGCGACCGGAGAUCGAAACCGACCAGAAUCAAAGCCACCGGAAGCCGCUCUCCGUCCUCCCAAAGCGCAUAAUCUUGGUCCGCCACGGCGAGUCUCAGGGGAAUCUCAACUCCGCAACUUACACCACAACCCCCGACUACAAGGUUCCAUUAACCGAGGACGGCGUCAUUCAGGCUCGAUUCGCCGGCUCCGAGCUCCACCGAUUGCUCUCCGAUGACGGGCGGAACCCUCAUUGGCGUGUCUACUUCUACGUUUCUCCCUACGAGCGCACCCGAUCCACGCUCCGGGAGAUCGGCCGCUCCUUCUCCAAGAAGAGGAUUAUCGGAGUCAGAGAGGAGUGUAGGAUCAGGGAACAGGAUUUUGGGAAUUUUCAAGUCGAGGAGAGGAUGAAGGUCGUCAAGGAGACCAGAGAGAGAUUUGGGAGAUUCUUCUACCGCUUCCCGGAGGGGGAAUCCGCCGCCGACGUUUACGAUCGCGUUUCCAGCUUCCUUGAGUCGUUAUGGAGGGACAUAGACAUGAACAGACUCCGCCACAACCCUUCCCAUGACCUCAACCUUAUAAUCAUAUCUCACGGCCUAACGUCACGUGUCUUCCUCACAAAAUGGUUCAAAUGGACGGUCAAGCAGUUCGAGUACCUGAACAAUCCCGAAAACUGUGAGUACCGGGUGAUGCAGUUGGGACAAGGCGGGGAAUACAGCUUAGCCAUUCAUCACACAGAGGAAGAAAUGCUGGAAUGGGGACUCUCCCCUGAGAUGAUAUCUGAUCAGAAAUGGAGAGCAAGUGCCCACAAAGGGGAAUGGAAUGAAAGGUGUCCUUGGUAUCUUGAUGCUUUCUUUGAUAAUCUAGCUGACUCGGACGACAACGAUAACUGUGACGAACCAUGUCACGAUCACGAUGAACUACUCGAAUCUUGUCCAAGUGAUGAACUAGUUGAAUCUUGUCCAAGUGAAGUUCUCGUAGAGGAAUGACAAUUAAAUUGAAAUUCUUUCAAUCUGAUAUGUACCAUGCUGUCUUUUGCUUAUAGUGUUCUUGGUUUUGCUCUGUAUCAUUUGGGUAUUUAGAAAAAAUUUUCACUCUUCUAUCCACAGGAACAGGACAAUACUUGAAGGAGGAAAAUUGUGAAGGCGACCGAUGUAGUAUAGUUAAUUUAAUUUAGGUUAAAUUAUAAGUUUAGUCACCGAA